GUCCAGAAAAGGACUUUCUUUAAACCUUGUAGGUGAUGCAAAAUGAUCAUCUCUGCCACUAUGAAAAGAGAGAUCAAUAGUUCACUAAUGUAUGUCAAGGCUGGCAACUUAAACUCCAACACCAUCCAAUUUUCAAAUUUAUUUAAUGUGAAAGCAAAAAAAACAGCUGCUGUACAAGAUUAUUUAAAGUUUUGUGGAUGAUAAUCUUUUAAAAGAAUAGAGAUAAAUAGCACAUCGCAUUGUUUGAGGGUCACUAGAUGUUCACACGGCUUUAGAUUUCUCCAAAAAAUUAAUUGUUACACUUUACAAGAAAUUCAAAAUGCCUCUGGAUUUGAAGUCGUUUAAAUGAAUAGAGGAGGAGCUCAGCACGAAUAAUGAUUAACUUCGGCCUCUCAGAGUCAAACUUUGUACUGUGCUUGCUCACAAUUCCCGGAGUCGUGGUCUGGUUGUUGUGCUUCACGUUGGGAGUUCUGCUGGGGUUUGAGAUUAUCUGGUGAGGAGAGCAAUAAAUACAAAGUGUUUUACUAGUAAAUAUAGUAAGUAGGGUCAAAAGCAUCCAUGUGUGUGUGUUGGUUUGUGUGUUCAAGUUGCAGGUGAAUGUUCUUUUCCCAGCAUGUUUCCUUUGUCAGCAGAUGACAUGGCAACCAGCUCUUCCUCCCAAAGGAUUGGAGUUGUAGGCUACGGACACCUAGGGCAGUACCUGGUGGAGAGGAUCCUUAAAGAUGGAGCUGCUCUCGGUCUAACACUGGCUUUCGUUUGGAACAGAAAUUCUGACAAGCUUAAAGGUUUAGUUCCUGAUGACCUCAUACUUGGUGACCUAUCAUCCUUUUCAGACAGGCGAUGUGAUGUGAUUAUAGAGGUGUGUCAUCCACAGAUAGUGAAAGAAUUUGGCUUUCACUUCCUCUCUCAGUCUCAUUUCAUGGUGGGCUCUCCUUCUGCCCUCUCUGAUCCUAGUCUGAACCAGAAGCUGCAUCAGGCGGCUCAGCAGUCUGGUAGGACACUCUACAUCCCCAGUGGUGCAUUGUGGGGAGGCCAGGACAUCCAGAGGCUGAAUGACAGUGGAGCCUUGAAGGCUUUGUUUAUAAGAAUGUCCAAGCAUCCAUCCUGCUUCCGGCUGACUGGAGACGUCCUCUCUGAUUGGACGGAGGAAGAGGGCAGGCGUGUUUUAUUCAGAGGCUCAGUGGCAGAGUUGUGCCCACUUGCUCCAAACAACGUUAACACCAUGGCAGCAGCAGCAGUGGCAGCAGGAGCACUUGGCUUUACUGGCGUCCAGGGAGAGAUCGUGUCUGACACAGCGUUAAGUGACUACCAUGUGGUUGAGGUGGAGGUGACUGGGCCCAGUGGCUUUUCAGUGCACACAGUGAGGAGGAAUCCAGCCAGACUCGGAGCUGUAACCGGCAGUGCAACAUACAACUCCUUCUGGAAUAGUUUACUCGUUUGCAAAGGUCACGGGGGCCGAGUUUACUUGUGCUGAAGCGGAUGACAACUCUGCAGGAUUCCCUGCAACGCAGCCAGAAGCUUAAGAUAAAUCAGUGUGUACGGUGUCACUGGAUUCUGAUGUUACUGAGAACUUGAAAACCCACAGAGCCUUGAAUAUGUGUGUUCCAAUAAACUGCAUGCAAACAAAGAACAAAGAGAACGUUAUCAUACAGGUAUAUACAUAUUUCAACUUUAUUAGUUAAUCUGGUGCAAGAUUGUAACACAUGAUAAAACUCUUACAGGGAGGGGAUCAUACGUAAAAUUAUUUUCUCUUAUUUGUCCGCCAUCUCUUAUAUUCUUUACCUGAAAACAUUGUUACCAUCUCAGUCCCUUUUUUCCCUCCCUUUCUGUCUCACCUUUAUUCCCUUCACAAUUUAAUACUUGUCAAAACAGGCAAACCCAGGGAUAAUCAGUAAUAAUCCACACAAGCGCAGACAGAAAAAGAGUCUGAGGUUUUUUGUGAUUAACACUGAAGGGCUUUGAUACAAUAAGGCGCAGAACAAAAAUGAAAACACACACACACUAUUCUCAGAAUGAGAAAACCUUAUGUUUUUGAUGCUAUUUGUUGUUGCUGUGUGUGUAUUAUAUUUUCACUCUAUGAAGUUGUGUAGUAAACAAGGCAUUUGAAAGAAAGAAAAAGAUGCUACAAGGUGGACAAUUGUGUUCAAGUCUCUGUAUCAUUACCAUCAUCAUCAUCAUCAUCAUUACUGCACUUCUGUACUCGGAGUCUUCACAUGAGCCUUUUUUAAACCAGGAAAAUAGUUUUGAUUGUGCCCAGUUGACACUCUGGUGGCAUAAAGGAGGGUUGUGUUCUUUUCCUGCUCUGACCCACAUUUGAAUCAAGUAUAAAAAAAACUUCCAGCUUC